CGGAAGCGCGGCGAGGCCGGGCGAGGCGGCAGCGGCGGGCUCAUGCAGGACUCAGAGAACGUGGCGGCGCCGGAGGCGGCCGAGGAGCGGGCCGAGCCCGGACAGCAGCAGCAGCUGGACGCCGAGCCGCCACCGGCCGAGGAGCCGCCGCGGCUCGCGGGGCUCGGCGCGCAGGAGGCGGCGGGCGGAGAGGACGCGGAGGCGGAGGCUGAGGCUGAAGCAGAGGCCGGGCCGGGGCCUGAAGUGCCGGCCGAGCCCGCGGCCGACGGGGAGGAAGCGGCAAGCGCGACCCCCGCCCCGUCCCUGCAGUCGCCCGAGGAGUCCCCGGACCCUGCCGUGGGCGAGGCCCCUGGGGAACAGGCCAGGGACGCGGCAGCUGAGGCCCGGUCCGACGGAGCGGGUGAGGAGCUGGGCGGCGCGGCUGAGGACGGCGACGCGGACGAGCCCUCCUUCAGCGACCCCGAGGACUUUGUGGACGACGUGAGCGAGGAAGAAUUAUUGGGGGACAUACUCAAAGAUCGGCCCCAGGAAGCAGAUGGCAUCGAUUCUGUGAUUGUGGUUGACAACGUUCCCCAGGUGGGACCUGACCGUCUGGAGAAACUCAAAAAUGUCAUCCAUAAGAUCUUUUCCAGGUUUGGGAAAAUCACAAAUGACUUUUAUCCCGAGGAGGAUGGAAAGACAAAAGGGUACAUUUUCCUGGAAUAUGCGUCUCCUGCCCAUGCCUUGGAUGCUGUAAAAAACGCCGAUGGCUACAAGCUGGACAAGCAGCACACGUUCAGAGUUAAUCUCUUCACCGAUUUUGACAAGUAUAUGACCAUCAGUGACGAAUGGGACAUCCCAGAGAAGCAGCCUUUCAAAGACUUGGGGAAUUUGCGUUAUUGGCUCGAGGAGGCCGAGUGCAGAGAUCAGUACAGUGUGAUUUUCGAGAGUGGAGACCGCACGUCUAUAUUCUGGAAUGAUGUGAAGGACCCUGUCUCAAUCGAAGAGAGAGCGCGAUGGACAGAGACGUAUGUGCGGUGGUCCCCUAAGGGCACCUACCUGGCCACCUUCCAUCAGCGGGGCAUCGCUCUUUGGGGGGGAGAGAAAUUCAAACAGAUUCAGAGAUUCAGCCACCAGGGGGUUCAGCUCAUUGACUUCUCACCUUGUGAAAGAUACUUGGUGACGUUUAGCCCCUUGACGGACACGCAGGAUGACCCUCAGGCCAUCAUCUGGGACAUUCUUACCGGGCAGAAGAAGAGAGGCUUUCACUGUGAAAGCUCAGCCCACUGGCCUAUCUUUAAGUGGAGCCAUGAUGGGAAAUUCUUUGCCAGAAUGACACUUGAUACUCUCAGCAUCUAUGAAACCCCUUCGAUGGGUCUCUUGGACAAGAAGAGCCUGAAGAUCUCUGGCAUAAAAGACUUUUCUUGGUCUCCAGGUGGCAACAUAAUAGCCUUUUGGGUGCCUGAAGACAAAGAUAUUCCCGCCAGGGUCACCCUGAUGCAGCUUCCCACCAGACAAGAGAUCAGAGUUAGGAAUCUGUUUAACGUUGUCGAUUGCAAGCUACAUUGGCAAAAAAACGGAGAUUACUUGUGUGUUAAAGUAGAUAGGACUCCAAAAGGGACCCAGGGUGUUGUCACAAAUUUUGAAAUUUUCCGAAUGAGGGAAAAACAGGUACCUGUCGAUGUGGUCGAAAUGAAAGAAACCAUCAUAGCCUUUGCCUGGGAGCCCAAUGGGAGUAAGUUUGCUGUGCUGCACGGGGAGGCUCCUCGGAUAUCAGUCUCCUUCUACCACGUGAAAAGCAACGGGAAGAUUGAGCUCAUCAAAAUGUUCGAUAAGCAGCAGGCAAACACCAUCUUCUGGAGUCCCCAAGGACAGUUCGUGGUGCUGGCUGGCCUGAGGAGCAUGAACGGUGCCUUGGCGUUUGUUGACACUUCGGACUGCACGGUCAUGAACAUCGCAGAGCACUACAUGGCCUCGGACGUGGAGUGGGACCCGACCGGGCGCUACGUCAUCACCUCUGUGUCCUGGUGGAGCCAUAAGGUGGACAACGCUUACUGGCUGUGGACUUUCCAAGGCCGCCUUCUGCAGAAGAAUAAUAAAGACCGCUUUUGCCAGCUGCUGUGGAGACCUCGGCCCCCAACGCUCCUGAGCCAGGAUCAGAUAAAGCAAAUUAAAAAAGAUCUGAAGAAAUACUCCAAGAUCUUCGAACAGAAGGACCGUUUGAGCCAGUCCAAAGCCUCAAAGGAGCUGGUGGAGAGAAGACGAACCAUGAUGGAAGAUUUCCGGAAGUACCGAAAAAGAGCCCAAGAGCUCUAUAUGGAGCAGAAAAACGAACGUCUAGAACUGCGAGGAGGCGUGGACACUGACGAGCUGGACAGCAACGUGGAUGAUUGGGAGGAGGAGACCAUCGAGUUUUUCGUCACUGAAGAAAUUAUUCCUCUUGGCAGUCAGGAGUGACCCGAGAACACUGUGCGUCACCUUGUGCUGGAACCGAGGUCGCCCUCUUGCAGACAGCCCGCACAAGUCCUGAAUUUUGCCUGUGCUUUCCCGAAAGCUCUGGACUGACUGCCCCUGGGAUUCUGUCUCCACACAUAGUGUGCCUUUUAACCCCUGGUGUCCUCAGUGCGGAGGUUUCAAGGCACUGCUUUCAUCUUUCUCGUUUGGGUUUUAAUCCCCACCCGUAUUUGUUACUCAGACUGACGCAGCGCUGCGGCAGGCCCCUUUCCUCCUGCUGUUGCACUGCCGCGUGCAGUGUCCUCCCGAGGAGUCACUGCCCGUGUGCGUGGCCAGUGUCAGCCGUGUCCCAACGUGCUCAGGGGCGCCGCAGCGCGUGGUUCUCUAAACGGGCUGAAUGUGGAAAUAAAAGCAAACGUGUGAAAAAGCUGUCUUUCUCCUGUUUUUAAACAUAGAUAGCGGCCUUGAAUGUGGUGCCUCUCCUUUCCCCUGGCAGUGAUGGCCGCUGCUGGGGCUCCUUCCAUCCGCCUGCCACGCGUGUGCACGUGGCAGGCGGGGCAGGAGGACACACGCCCCUGUGGUUUUCUUCUGCAGGUGAGCUCUGUACAGCGCGCAUCGUCCGAUGGGUCCGAAGGGGUUUUGUAUUGUGUGCUUGUCAUUGCGCCUGGCGAGAAAGAGCCCUUUAGACAUCUUGAGGCAUUCAAGUCUGAAGGCCUGUUGAGAAUUGUCACUUUAGCCACUGUUGGUGGUCCCCUUUGAAUAUUUAACCUUCUUUCCCUGUUGAAAAGGGAGUGAACGAAUCCAUGUAAUUUCAGCCCAUUUUUAUUUGCAAUGUCUUGCUGCCCAUCGGUGCCUUGUCAAAUUGCAGUUUCUUCCGCCUCUUUCUCUCCUGGAACCGGAGCUUAGUUUAAAAAGCACUGAAGCACAGGACAGGCAGACUUGGAGUACGCAGCGUGACAUGUACAAACCUGACGACAUUCUGGCAUUGGAGGAUCAGCUGUCCAUUGCGGGGCAGAAGACGGGCCACCGCCUGCCCUGCAGCUCGGCCAGCUGGCACCGCCGCCAUCCUCGGCCCUCAGGACAGACUCUGCAGUGACAGCUGCAGUCUGUGGGCCGCUGGCCACAGCUGUCCCCACGAAGGCUGGCCGGCCGACUCCUGGCCAGGCCCCUGCCGUGAUGCAGGCGCUUUGUGUGUCUCUCUUCUCGAGCCUUAGGCUUCUCCACCUGUGCUUUCUCUGCAGGUCUUGGCUGUGGCCUGCCGGCUGACUCGUCCUCGGGCCUGUCAGUGCACAGCUCAUAGUCCUUCUUGUUUCCACUCAUGUUCUUUGAACUUUAGUGUGCCGAGACCUAGUGUUUCUAAUUUCGUGCCAGUAAGAAGGAAAAGGCACAUGGUUCUGUGAGAUUAACAGAUUUUUAACACAGCUUUUAAAAAAUUUUCACAGUUUUGAACUUGGUAGUUGUAAUUGUUUUACAUAAUUUGUAAAUAAAAGAGUUUCUGGAA